ACACUGUGAAGCCUGUCCGUCCCGGUGCUCAGCGCUAGCUCCACAGCCUUGUCUCUUCAUCCGCAUUUCCUCCAGUCUCUCCUUUUUUGAGAGUUAUGAUGCAUACAGUGCUCAUUGAUUUACUCUAAAUUGCUGCCAUGUUCUUGAUAUUUGGUUUAUGUGAAAUUGCUAAAGAAAAAAACAACUUAAGAAGGGGGAUGUUGUGUACAGGGCUCAGGUGCUACCCGUACUGGGAGGUGGGGUGGAUGACGUGAGGCCGGUGCGGAUGUAUCAUUAUUGUUAUGCUGCCUGCCCGUGUGACACACUAAAUGAAUGACUCAUUGAUAUUCUGAAGCAGGUUGUCCCGUCGAGUUCUUUUAGAACAUUACACAUACAUUACAAUCGUACUUUGCUAAGUGUUCUUUCUUAUAUUCAGUGUUUCUCACCUUCUUUAUCAAGACGCUGCCACUUGCAAUUUUCUUUGACUUCACAAAAAGUGGGGACAUUUUUUUAACAAUAUUUUCAACAGCAACUGAGGUACAAUUAUUUCAGAUGAGAAAACAGGACCCAGAAUGGUACCGGGUGUAUGCCAAGGAGUGUAAGGUAAACGGGCACCUAAAAAGACCAAAACGAGUGUCCAUAUUUACAUUUGCCUUAAUUAUCACACCCAACCUUUUCUUUCAUUGAAGUCAAGAAUGUUGUUUGAUGGCUUGCCUGAUGGGUGUGACACACACACACACACAAGUUCUACAGUCAGUAUUAGUGUGUCUGCAGCAAUGGUGUCAUUGGUUUUGUCCAUUGUACUGUUUGUACCCUGUUUUGCCCAGAUCCCGACUACAUGGGCCGAUGACUGUACAAGCUACUUGGACAAGAGCGGCGUCCGUCACGAUGGCGCCCGCUGUGGCCACAUGCACUGCUGUGGAGAGUGUGACACCAAGUUCUGCUGCAGCGACCACACGCAGCGUCUGACCCGAGAGGAUCAAGAGAGAUGUGAUGAAAGGCCUCGCUUUGAAAAGUACGCCAAACGUGCUGUACUUUGGGGCAGCAUCCUGGGCGUCGUCAUCCCUCUCAUCUUCUGCGUGGGUCUGGUCGCCUGCUUUGUGGCUCCAUGCUGCUUCUUCUAUAAGAAGUGCAGAAAAGGCCGCAACUCGCAGCGUCAAAAUGUGCCGACGACCACCUUUGUCUCCAUACCCCAUCAGCCGCCUCCUCCGGCACAGCAUUACCCGCCGUCUCAGCCGGGCUACCAGGCCGUGCCUGUGCAGCCUGGUUACGGCAUUCCCACAGCACCACCACCUCCACCAUACGUACCAGCUGGGCAUCAACAACCUGCUCCGCCUUCUGAUCCUGGUCAGCAUCCGCAGCCUCCAUACAACCCUUCUUACGGCUUCAAGCUCUAACGCACGCAAGAGUUGGACUGCAUGUUUUUGUCGCCAUAUGUGUGUGGGAUUCUUCACUAUCACAACAUUAGUUCUGUUUGCUCUUGUUGUACGGUGUACUUGUUAUUAAAAAAACGUGGUCAAUGAGAGAUUUGUUUUCAUUAACACUUUCUCAUGCACUCUAAACCAUUUACCAUGAAUUGAUUAACGUGGACCCCGACUUAAACAAGUUGAAAAACUUAUUUGGGUGUUACCAUUUAGUGGUCGAUUGUACGGAAUAUGUACUGUACUGUGCAUUCUAC